AUGUCGGGAGAAGCGUGGUUGUACCUCCUCGCGGUUUUGAUCAAUGCCGUCAACCUCUUCCUACAGGUCUUCUUCACAAUUAUGUACAGUGAUCUGGAAUGUGACUACAUCAACCCUAUCGAUCUCUGCAACCGACUCAACGCAUACAUCGUUCCUGAAGCCGCCGUACAUGCAUUCCUGACCUUCCUCUUCGUUAUUAACGGAUACUGGUUAACGAUUUUGCUCAACCUUCCCCUCUUGGGCUUCAAUGCAAAGAAAAUCUUUGAAAACCAGCACCUUUUGGAUGCUACCGAGAUUUUCCGGAAGCUCAACGUCCAUAGAAAGGAAUCAUUUAUCAAACUAGGGUUCCACCUCGUUAUGUUCUUUUUCUAUCUCUACAGCAUGAUCGUUGCCCUCAUCCGCGACGAAUCGCAUUGA